UCUGUAAUGUUGCUUGUUCUUACGCGGUAUAAAAGCAUCGUUGCUCCUGGUAGGGGCACACAAGUGUACAAUAUACAAACAUAUCAACAUGGCACUUAAAGUAGCGACUUUCUUUUGUUUCGUGGCAGCGGCGGCAGCGGGUGCCAUUCCCGGGCCGGUCAGCCACUUGGCCUACGCCGAGCCAGAGGUCCCCGCGCAGUACGAGUACUCGUACUCCGUGCAAGAUGACCACAGUGGUGACGUCAAGCAGCAGAAGGAGAACCGCAACGGCGACGCCGUCCACGGCUUCUACUCGCUUGUGCAACCUGACGGUACUCAGCGCAUCGUUGAGUACACAGCUGAUAAGGUGCACGGUUUCAACGCCGUCGUGCGCUACGAGGGACAGCCCCAUCCCGCGCCAGCUAAGAUUGCCUACGCCCCACCCCAAGCUCAAGUGGCGUACGCUCCAGCUCCCGUCGCUAAAGUCACCUAUGCCCCGGCUCAACCUCAAGUGACAUAUGCCCCGGCCCAACCUCAAGUGGCGUAUGCCCCAGCCCCAGUCACUAAAAUCGCCUACGCUCCUGCUCCAGUCGCCAAAGUAAAUUACGCAGCUCCCAUAGCGUAUGCUAACCCCGCACCAGUAGCUUACGCUCAAGCCCCCAUACCAGUACCUGUGGCCUACCCUAACUCAGCACCUGUGGCCUACGCACAUGCCCAGCAUCCAGCCUAUGCCCAUGCCCCCAGAGUAGCCUACCCAGCACCUCUCGGCCACGUCACAUACUCCUCCCCCGCCUACUCUUACCAACACUAGAUCCUAAGUGCCAUAAAUGUUAUUUAUUUUGUUAAAUAAUAAUCGUUUAAACAAUACAA